UAAUCUCAUCUCAAGUUAUUCAGAAUUAAAUGUUUCUCGUGAAAUUUCGCACUGGAACACGACUUUCUUCUUACGAUGGGCUCAUCUCCGAUGAAUAACAUUUCACGAAAGUAAGCCAUCAAGAGCAUAUAUAAAAGCUUUUGAAAUUUCAAUAUCUCUUCAAUUUUUCUCAUCACGGCGAUUUCGAGAUGAUCGGUAAACCUUCAUCUUCCCAAAGAACAACAAUGAGUGCGUGAAUAUCAAGAUUAAGUUUUUUUUCUUUUUGUGAAAGUUCGAUAAAGGUUCUUGUUACUGGUGCAGCAAAAUUUCUUUCUGGAAGCCAUGUCGCAAUUUCCGAGGAAACGCGUGUCGAAAACUGAGUUGGGAGAGGAUUCUUCGAAGCGUGCCAAAGACUCGGACGGGGAAGAAGGCGACUCGUCAUCAUCUCCCGGAAGUGCUUCGUCCACGUCUCCGGAAAUGCCCGGAAAUAGCGGGGAUUUGCGGAAACGAUCCAGCGGUGGAGCCGGGAAAUCCAAGGACAACGAAGACGAGGAUUCCGUCAUUGGGCACCACGUUGCCGACGGGGUUCCUUUGAGCGAACUUCCCAUCGCUGAGUAUCAUGUUGGACCAGCGCCGUUCAGCGAUGACGAGGCUGCUAUUCGAGAGCGUGAAGCCUGUGAUUAUACGAUUAAAGUUACCAUGGAGAUGGCAAAAGCUGGAACAGUCAAAAGAAAAGUUCGAGUUUACGCAGAUGGGAUUUACGACCUGUUCCAUGCUGGACACGCGCGUCAGCUCAUGCAAGCAAAGAACGCGUUCCCGAACAUUUACCUAAUUGUCGGAGUCACGAGUGAUCAACAGACACACAGCAAGAAAGGGAGAACCGUAAUGAGUGAAGACGAGCGGUACGAAGCCAUUCGACACUGUCGUUACGUCGAUGAAAUAGUUCGCGAUUGUCCCUGGGAAAUCACUGAAGAAUAUCUGAUGAAGCAUAAGAUCGACUUCGUGGCUCACGACGAUAUCCCAUACGUGACAGGUUCCGGUACAGACGUGUACGCAACCAUAAAGGCGAAAGGCAUGUUUCUGGUUACACAACGAACCCAAGGAGUUUCCACGUCAGAUGUCGUUGCUAGAAUUGUUCGCGAUUACGACGUGUACGUGCGACGAAAUUUGGCACGUGGUUACACUGCCAAAGAGUUGAACGUGUCAUUCAUGAAGGAACAAAAAUUUAGGCUUCAAAAUAAAGUGGACGAGCUGAAAGACAAGGGGAAACGAGUCGUGGAGAAUAUCGAAGGGGCCAGCACAACUAUGAUUCAACGUUGGAAGGACAACUCCAGAGACUACAUCAGCAAUUUCAUUGGCUUUUUCGGCGAACCCUUGUCAAACAUUUUGCAGCGCCGUGCGAUUUCUCCGCCCCCGACAACAGCACCUUUGAAUUGCGGAAUAAAAGGGAAGAGCCCACCAACGAAGCGUCGCACGAAAGCAGGCAGAGAAUCUUCCACUAGAAUCACUGAAGAUUUGUCAGAUGCCGAGGACGAAGUUGCCGCUGCAAUUAAAUCCUCGCCAACCGAAUACCUGACAACCCUCGCUGAGUGA